AUGAUAUAUUUACUUCUUUUAAGUGUUUCAUUUGCAACACUCGUUAAUGUAACAUUUAAUCCAUCAAUGAAUAGAGUUAUUAUUCAUACAUAUAUUGAUGAAUAUGGAGAAUAUCCAUAUACAUUUAUAACAUCACAUUUAAUAAAUGAUUCUAAUUCAUAUUCAUUAGAUGGAAUAUUACCAUUUGCAGAAACAAUUCAAUUAACAUUAACAACAAGAGAAGGAAUAACACGACCAAAUGUAGUUCAAUCAAAUACAACAGUAAUAGCUGUUCAUAAUAAAGUAUUUGAGAUAUAUGAUAUUUCAAAACAACCAGCAUAUUUAAUAACAACAAGAGAACAAGAUUUUGAUAAAGAUAGUGAUAUGACUCUUGUCCAUAGAAAACAAGGAGAUAUAAUCUUUUUAUGUAAAAAGUCAUUAUUAAAUGAAUAUAAUAUUCAUCUUCAACAUCAACUCUCAACUAAUAUUUGGUGUGGAAAAUCAAUUAGUGGAGGAAAUGAAAUGAUUGCUGUAAAAGGAAAUAGAAGUAAUGUAAAUUUAUAUGAAAUAGAUAAAAUAAAAGGAGAAUUAUAUUAUUAUGGUAGUGUUUCAUAUCCAUAUUCAGAAACAUUUAAUUAUGAUCCAAUAAGAAUGAAUAAAUUUAAUGUACUUUAUGCACCAAUUACUGGUUUAAAUAGACUUCAAGUUAAUUCACCAAAUGAUUUUUAUAGAAAUGGAGAAACAAUAAUAAUACCAUUUUAUAAUUCAAUAAAUAAUUCAGUAUUAUAUAAUCCAACAGGAUCACAAAUUAUUUAUACAUAUGGAAGUCUUAUAAUAAUUGGAACACCAUUUAUUAAUAAAGGAACAAAUUAUAAUAGUGGAGGAGCAAUAAUAUAUUAUGAUUAUUAUCUUACAGAUCAACCAAUUAGAUUUAAAAAAUUAUGGGAAUAUAGUGGAAAUAGUUCAUCACAAUUUGCAGGAUGGAGUGUUGGAAUAAGAAGUGGAUAUGUAUUUAUUGGAGGAGCAAUAAAUACAAAUGAAAAAGGGAUAAUACAAAAAGAAAUAAUGAUAAAUAUAACAGAAGUAUUAAAAGAUUAUUCAACAAUUGAUAUAUUAAUUGGACAAAAUGAAAAUGAUUAUAUUGAAUUACCUGUUUCAUUUAUUAGUAAUGAAGAUAAUAUUUAUUGUAGUGAUGAUUUACUUAUUACAACUGAAAAUGAAUUAGCAAUAAAUAAAUAUCCUCCUUUUUCUUUUAUGUUAUCUAAAGAAAUUAUUAAUCGUUUUGAAUUCUCUCAAAAUUCUAAUUUUCUUGUUCCAAUUAAAAAAUGUUGUAUUCAUCCAAAUUUAAUUAUUAUGACUGAUCAUUUUCAUACUAUUUGUUCUUCUGAUAAUAUUCUUAAUAUUUUAUUAGAUGUUGCUAAAGGUUUAGAUGAAUUACAUAAAAAUAAUUUUAUUCAUCAAAAUAUUACUUUAGAUUCUUUUGUUGUUGACUCUUUUGGUAAUGGUAAAUUAUCUGAUUAUUGGAUUCCUACUCUUUUAACUACUUCUAUUUAUACUCCUCCUGAAGUUUUAAAUGGUCUUCCUUUUACUAAAUCUGGUGAUGUUUUUAGUUUUGCUAUUGCUUGUAUUUUAUCUUCUGGUGGUUCUGUUGGUUCUAUCCCUUUUUCAAUUAAUAAUGUCUCUUUUCCUGCUUUAUUAGAAAAUUGGAAAGAUUUAUUAACACAAAUGCUUAAUCCAAAUUACCAAUUACGACCUGAUAUUUCUUCCAUUGUAUUAUCUUGGUCUAAAAAAAUUUAA